AUGUGUUCUUGUAGAGAUUGUGUGAAAUCCUCCCAAGAAGAGGAGCGUGAAGGUGAGUUGCUCUGCCUGAAGAUUAGAGCCCAGUUGGAGGAUUUGUUCUCCGACAGCCACCUGGCACAGGACGGCUUCCUGCUGAAACAUGUGCAAAGGAGAAAGCAGGGCUAUGUCAGCUUAAAGCUCCUCACUUGUUUGAAAAAGAUAAAGGCCCUGACCACAGACUGGCACCAGACUCUGGCUGGAGCUGAGAACUCCAAGCUGCUGGAGGUGAAUGAUGAACGCACCAAAGUGAGGCGGAAGAAGCCGCUGCCCAAAUGGCUGCUAUGCUCCCCCACCAGCAGGCUCCUCCUCACCUGGAACAUUUCCAAGGAGAAAGCAGAAGAAGACGGCGUGGCCCGAGGCCCUGAGCAUCCUUCACUCUCUGAUAGGAUCUUCCAAAAGUUCAGCUCAUACGGCGACAUUACUUCAAUGUGGAUUCUGCAUCCUGGCACAGAGCUUCCCAAAGAGCUGCAGACCUAUGCCAAACGUCACAAAGAGCUCGGCCAACAUUUGUGUGCAGUAGUGAAGUUUGCAGAGUUGGAGGCUGUUCGUCAGGCGUAUAUUUCUCUUAAAGCAGAAGAGGAGACGUGUGGAGGUGAGGGCAUGCAUGUGGUUCCUUUGGGAUAUUAUCCAACAUACCACCUCACAGAGGAGAAAAACAACCAGGACCAACCUGAGGAGGAAAAUCCACUUCAAAGCUCUCUCGAAUCAGUCCAGGAGGAACCCUCGGUACAAGUUAAAGUUUCUGUUGAGAACAUAAACACGUCUAAACCCCAAGAGACCAAGAGUAAGUCCACGCAAAGAACCUUGGAGCAGCUCUCCACCAGCUUUACUGGCCAGUACUUCAGCGGUGUGAAUCAGAGCAGUAGGAUGAACCUGUGCGCUGGAGACUGUGAUAGGGAUAAUUCUCAGAGCCCCUGGGUGCUAAGACGCAAACAUGCAGCCGCUGCAUUAAACCUCGGGUUUUCAGGAGACCUGAAAGAGAGACAUUUUUUAAACAGAGUGCUGCGUCAGCCUUUCGGCCCUGAUGGAACAAGGGGGUUUCUGUGCAGAUUAAAAAAACUGCACAUGGAAAUCAAGACCCUCAUUGAAUGA